AUGGCGCGGCCCUCCUCCAAGCCAGUCUUCAACCUGGAAUUGUCCAGGAUUCGGCCGCCAAGGAUCUUGCAAGGGCCAGCGCAAUUCCAAGGGAGAACCUCCCCGGCUCCAUCGGCUACAGCCCCGAAUACAGGGGCAGGUCGUGCAGUGACCGCGGCGGGCAAGGGCCUGGGGCGAGGAGCACCGGUUGUUUAUAGGGCAGCGGCCAGUUUCCAAGGGGCGGCGGCUGCGGCGCGCAGUCGAUCGCCUCGGCAGCAGCAGACGCAGGCCAAAGAUGACAGUACUUGGCGGGCAAAGGACUGGUCAGGACGGUCAGGAAGCUGGAAGACGAAGUGGGCCAAAGAUGAGGAGUGGGACUGGUCAAAGAGGUCCUGGAGUUGGUCCGAGAGCUCGUGGGACAAGUCUGACAGAGGCUGGCGAGGUAACAACUGGCGAGAUACGCAGCCUCAGCAGAAGGAGAAGGAGGGUUUAGAGCAGGCGGGAGUGGGAAAGAAAGAGUCAGACAGCGGGACUUCGGGAAAGCUUUCGGUUCAAAAUGUCCCAGUGAACUACACCAAGGAAGACAUCCUCAAUCUGCAUAAAUCAGUAGGCAUCGACAUGCAGGAGCUGCCAACCGUGUACUUUCACAGCCCAGCGAGCGAAGGGGACGAAGCUUGCAGCGUGACCUGCCGGUAUGGUGAUCUCAGUCAUGCCCAGAACGCCAUGAAGAAGAUCGCUGGCCUGCCAGUCACGACUGCCAGUGGCCAAGAACUGCACCUCAAGCCCACCUUGGUAGACCAGAAUGCGUUGAAGCAGGGCUUCAGGUUUGACGAAGGAGUGGAUCUUGAGGGUGUUAUCCAUCACUGGAAGGAGGAGCAGGGCCACGGGUUCAUUCGGCCUCUCAAGCGCGGACCCGACCUGUUUGUCCAUCGCAGCGAGAUGCCCUUUCCGGAGGGUCAGCCGCCACCCCUUUGGUCAAAAGUGCUGUUCCAGGUAGCCUGGGUCCCGCAGAGGGCGCAGCAAGAAGCAUGCCGCGUGAGAUUUGCGGAUGCCCCCGAGCCAUCUGGGCCAGUUAGCCCAGAACCGACGGCAACGCCGCAGCUGUCAUGGUUGGAAGGCUGGGAAGCUGAAGGAGCUGGAGGCGCUGAAGGCGCUGAAGGAGCUGAAGGAGCUGAAGGAGCUGAAGGAGCCGAGGCGCAAUCGCAGCGCGACGAGCAUCCAGGCCUGGACUUCUUCUGCAAGACAUGGUCGCUGGACUCUGCAACCAGUGCCUGGUUGGCCUGCUUGCAUCCGGAUAUCCAGCAGGAGCUUUUCAAUGAGUAUGACGAUUCGACCCGGAUGGAUCCUCCAAAUCAAGAGGACCAUGUUGAGAUGAUUCCAUCAACUGAGGUUCUUUUGGCGAACCUGCCGCGUGGUUUAUCAGAAUCAGCUCUAACGACACUCCUGUGUCGCUUCGGGCAGGUUCGCAAAGCACGAUUUCUACAGUCCCAGGUCAGGGCCGUGGUGACUAUGAGCAGCAUCGAGGAGGCGACAAUGGCAGUGGAAGACUUAACCUUCAGAAAACCUGAAGGAUGGCCAGGAAAUCUCCUGGCCUGUUUCCAUCACGAGCGUCCCCCUAUUCCGCCGAGCGAAAUACCAGAGGGUAAAAUGCUCUUCGGUGUCGUCAAGGCCUGGAGCCCUGUUGUAGAAGCCGGCGUGGUUUCGUUGCUUGGUAUAGGCCCGCGCCUCUGA